ACCUGGGAACAUGUCUCCUAUGCCUUUUUUAUCUCUAAUUUUACCCCUCCCCUCGGUUUAUAUUUUCUUUUUUCAAAGAAAGAGACAAUGACUGGUGAAUCUGGUGGAGGAAUGUCUUUCUUCUGGAACUUGUCAUACUGGAGUACAUUUUUGCUCACUUGAAGCAUCUCUUUCGUAGUUUUAGGUUUAUUACCAUUCUUUGGUGCAGGGGGUCAUGAAGAUGCUGGAGAUUUCACCAUGACCGAAAGAUUGAGGACUAGCAUAUGCGGAAACUUAGUCUUGUACCUUUGUAUUGGUUCUCUUGGACUUCUUGGACUCAUUCUACUAAUUAUUUUUAGAAAAAAUUGGAGUGGGGGUAUUCUUGGUCUUGCCAUGGCAUGCUCAAGUACUUUUGGACUUGUUACAGGAUUCAAAAAUAUUAUCCUUAUGGCUCUUCCUUUAAACGCCAAUAUCAAGUUGCUGAAUCCAGACGCAGUCAGAUUGGAUAGGUUCGAUGGCACCAACUACAUGCGAUGGAAGGAUAAGAUGACUUUCUUACUGACAACACUGAAGGUGUCGUAUGUUCUUGAUCCUAAUCUACAACCUAUCCCAGUGCCAGAAGAGAAUGAUUCUGAAGGAGUGAAGAACGCAAGACUGAAGCGUGAAGAAGAUGAACUCAUAUGUCGUGGACAUAUUCUGAAUUCUAUCACCGAUAGGCUUUAUGAUCUGUAUCGCAAUAUGUCUUCCCCUCAACAAAUUUGGAUUGCUUUGGAAAGGAAAUACAAACAUGAAAAGAAAGGUACAGACAAAUUUCUUGCACUUAAAUAUUUUGAGUUUUUAAUGAAGAAUGAUAUUUCCAUCAUGGAUCAAGUGCACGAGUUGCAAAUUCUGGUAUCAAGGAUGUCAGAGUUGGAGAUAAAGAUUCCAGAUUCACUUCAAGUGGGGGCAAUACUUUCAAAACUUCCUCCAUCUUGGAAUGAUUACCGAAAAAAGGUUUUACAUUCAGAUGAAAUUCUGACUAUGGAACAAUUUCAAACACAUCUCCAGAUCGAGGCAGAAAACCGUUCAAGGGAUGCAAUAUUGGCUCCAUUGAAAGUUAAUCAUGUAAGUCAAAAUUCUGCCAAGCCUUUCCAAAAUAAACUCAAGCCUCAACAACAGAAAUUCAGUCCUUUUGAGAAAGCCUCUCUUAAGAAAAAUCAGCCUUGUUUUCAUUGUGGUAAGAAAGGUCACUUUAUUAAAGACUGCAAGUUCAAGAAGAAUGCAAGGAAUUUUGGUUCUGGCAUUAAUGCAGAAACAAGCAACAAGGCAAAUCUGAUUGAGCAUGAGUUGAUUGCCAUGGUUUCUGAAAUGCAAAUUGGAAUGGUGACUGAAUUAAACAUGGCAAAUCCAACCAAAUCUAUGGAUUGGUGGUUGGAUUCUGGUGCAACAGCUCAUGUGUGCAAUAAUAAGGCACAAUUCAAGUCUUAUGAGGACUUGAAGGAACCAGAGGAAGUGCUGAUGGGAAACAACGUCACAGCAAAGGGGCUUAAGGGUUGUCUUAGAAUCAGAUAAGGCCAUUAUAUCAAAGAAUGGCAAUUUCGUGGGGAAAGGUUAUUCUUGUGAUGGAAUGUUUAAAUUGAGUAUUAAUGAAAUAAAUAAUGUUUCUGCUU